CUCGACAAUUCUUUUGGAGAAAUUGAUGGCGUUCGGGGGGGCAGCUUGACCCACAAUCAAAUAAUGUCGCGCCAAUAGCGAAGUACCCGCGAAGACUUCAGUCCGAGUCUCGACUUCAGCGCGUUUGGAUCGAUUCCGGUGAACUUUCUAUCAACAGACAACACACGCGGACGUCACCGUUUCGAAACUCAAAUGUUCGUUAGUUAGUGGACCUGUCAGAUUUCUGAAAGUGGCAGCGCAGACACUUCUACUGGAUUUCAAGACAUCUUUUUAACGUUUAUUUCAAAAAUUAUGCUAAAAUUUGUUCUGCUGGCAACAUGUACGAUAUACAAUUCAAUGAUUAUUCAAGCAAUGCCAAUGGUUCAAGAGUCCCAAGGUAUUUACACAAUAACAGCAGAAGGUAUAGGUUCCUCCAGCUCAGAAUCAAACGAAACAUUCACAGAUGACUGGAACUACAAGAAGUUGGAACAUAGUAAAGUACCGAUUUUGGCAAAUAGAGCUCGGAAUCAUACUCUUCCACCACCGAGCAAUGGCAGUGUACGCCCGGUUGCUAUGGGAAUACGAUCAAGAGAAAUCCUCGCAUUUGCCGCAGUUCUUUGACAAAGCGUUGAAAUUGUUAAAUUUGAAACAAGUUGCCUUUGAAAUUGAAAAUUCGGUUAUGUCGAAGGUUUCUUGUACAGCAUGUAAAGCAGGGGCAGGUUUACUCCAGCACUACACGAGAAUUGGCAAGUCUGAAAAAGAAAUCAAGAAAACUAUAUAUCAGUUCUGCGUCAAUUUAAAACUCCAGUCACCGAGAGUUUGUGAAGGAAUUACAGAACUUUUUGCGGGAGAGGUGAUUUACGUACUCAGCAAAGUAAAAAUUGGUCCGGAUGAAAUAUGCAGUUUUGUGAUUGGUGAUGCUUGUGGUGAUAUCUACAACCCCUACCAUGAGUGGGAAGUUAUGUUCCCACCAGUACCAAAGCCUACUGUAAUUGAACAAAAUGUACCAGAGGCAAACGCACCAACGUUCAAAGUCCUGCACCUCUCGGAUACCCAUUAUGAUCCCUAUUAUAUGGAAGGCAGCAACGCUGAUUGUGCAGAACCACUCUGCUGUAGGUUAACUAAUGGGCCAGCUACAUCCAAGGAAUCAGCAGCUGGAAAAUGGGGCGACUAUAGAAAAUGCGAUACACCAAAAAUAACAGUAGAUCACAUGCUACAACAUAUUCAAGAGACUCACCCUGAUAUCGAUUAUAUUCUUUGGACAGGAGAUCUACCACCCCAUGACAUCUGGAACCAAACAAGGGAAGAAAAUUUAAAGAUUCUCAAGGACACCGUCAAACAGAUGUCCACGAUGUUCCCUGGUGCACCUAUAUUUCCAGCUUUAGGCAACCAUGAGUCAGCUCCAGUUAACAGCUUUCCUCCACCGUUUGUUGACUCACCUGAAAGUACCAUAUCGUGGCUAUAUGACGAGCUUGACAUCCAAUGGAGGAAAUGGUUACCGAGCUCAGUAAGCAACACAGUAAGGAGAGGCGCCUUUUACUCAGUUUUAAUCAGGCCCGGAUUUAGAUUAAUUUCCUUGAAUAUGAACUACUGCAAUAACAAAAACUGGUGGUUGCUGCUCAAUAGUACAGAUCCCGCAACAGAGCUGCAAUGGUUUAUUUAUGAAUUGCAGUCUGCAGAAUUUAAUGGAGAAAAAGUACAUGUAAUAGGUCAUAUUCCCCCUGGUCACUCUGAUUGUCUGAAGGUGUGGUCAAGGAAUUACUAUGCCAUUAUCAAUAGAUACGAAUCAACCAUAGUUGCUCAAUUCUUCGGACACACCCACUACGAUGAAUUCGAAGUAUUUUACGACAAAAAGGACUUAUCAAGAGCCAUUAAUAUUGCAUAUAUUGGACCAUCAGUUACACCUUACUAUGAUUUAAAUCCGGGAUAUCGAUUGUAUUACGUAGAUGGAGAUCAUGACAAAUCUACUAGGGCUGUGGUAGACCACGAAUCUUGGACAAUGAACCUCAGAGAAGCCAAUCUGUACGGAUACCCAAUUUGGUUCAAACUUUACAGCGCCAGACAAGCUUUUGGGCUGGAAGCAUUACGGCCGACAGAUUGGGAUGAACUUGUUACCAAAAUGACAAACGAUCCAAAGCUAUUUGAAUUAUUCUACAAGUAUUAUUACAAAGCCAGUUCUGUGCGACCUAGCUGUGAUACAGCAUGCAGGAAGAAGAUAUUAUGUGAUCUACAUUCUGGUAGAUCGCACGAUAGGAAAAAUCUGUGCGAAACUAUCGAAUCUAGGAUAGAUUCAACUUCCAACGUCAGUUGGAAAGACUGGUUAUACAAUACCAUAUCAGUUUCAAUGUCAGUACUGAUGUCAAUUCCACGACUAACCACCAAAUACGUACUCGGACUAGGAUAAGAUGUUCGUUAUGUAGUUUUAAGCAUAAACACAAUGUGUGGAGUCCAGAGAAGAGAGUGGAGUGAAGGGACAGAAUGAAGAACAUUGUUAUAUUGUUAAAAUUAGUUUAAGUUGGAAGGUGUGUGUAAGUUAGAAAUAAUUUUGCAAUAUUUUGCUCUAUUUUACGAUCUUGUAGUACUUAUCCACUUUGGAUGUUGUCGACCAUCAUGGCAAUUUGUACUUUGCAGACUCCUGCUCUGAAAAUAUUUGUGGUUGUUGUGUUGAGCCAAGUACGUAGAUUUUCAGCCAGGAACUCUUUCACCUUCCAGGUCGCCGUUUCCAUCUACUUUUUCCUGUAAGAUUAGUUUCAGCAAUCCAUUACUUUCGCCGUUUCUUAUGAUGUGACCGAGGUAUUCGAUUUUGGCUAUUUGUAUAGUGAUUCACAGCUGUAUAAGAUAUCUUCAGGAUUUGAGGAUAAAGCCACAUUUCGAAAGCCUCAAUAUUCUUGCAGGUACUGUAUGUGAGAGUACACGACUCAACUCCGUAGACAGUACUGUAUACUCAAUAGUAUAGGGAAGCUAUACUCAUAGUAACCUGAUUUUUAUGGGUGUAUACAUAAGGUGUAUGUUUUUACUCUUUCUAUUUGUUGACCGUUCACACUGAUUAGUCCAAAUUGCUAUUCCUUCUUAGAGAUCAUCAUAUAUUUUGUUUUCUUAAUGUUGGGUGAAACUCCAUAUCUCUGACUUUCUUCUGUAAUCCUAUUCAUUAAUUUCUGAAAGACUUCAUAACUCUCAUCGAAUACCACGGUGUCAUCCACGUAUUAUAUGAUGUUGUUGAUACAUUCUCGGUUAAUUCGAAUUCCAGCUUCAACAUCGUCUACUGCUUUUUGAAAGAUUUUCUCAGAACAUAUGUUGAACAGAAUGGGUGAUAGUAGACAUCCUUGUCGGACUUACGAAUACUGUACUUGACGAAUAUCUUCUUGUCUAACAAUGUAGACUAAGGUGGGCCGUUUUUUUUACGACUAAGAAGAAAGAUUAAGGCUAGAGCUGCCCUUAGGUUCUAGCAUCCUAGCCAUUAGGAAGAAAACAACUAAAUUAUUGGUACCCCGUCAAAAUAGCCCCGUCAAAAAAGCUCCGACAAAAUAGCCACGACAUAAUAUCCCGCACAAAAAAUAGCUCCGACAAAAUAGCCUGCAGACAAAAUAGCCGCGGAAUAAUAGCCCUCCGACAAAAUAGCCCCGACAAAAUAGCCCCGAAAAAAAAGCUCCCUUCAGAAUUCAUCCUGAAAUAAUUCCUUAAAAAUACAUUUUUUCGGAAAUGGUAAUUAUCCUCUAUUCAGAUGUUUAUCUUAACCACAUUAAAUAAAAAUUGUUUUUCAGAUAACUCGAGUCCUGUCUUUCCUGCCUCUUGGAAGUUUGAACAUUUAAGUUAAGCGAAAAUCAAUGUUAAUUUAUGAUAUAAACAUUUUUUUCUGUUUUCGGGCAACAGUAAAAUGCAUUUUAAAUUAAAUAAAUUAAAUACAUUCUUCCUUUUUGUCAAAUAAUUUAAAUAAAAAAAAAGUUUUUGGACACCUUGUAUAAAUAAUUAUGUAAUUGUUUAUAAGAGGCUGUUUUAGCCGGGGCUAUUUUAGCCGGAGCUGUUUUGACCGGGGCUAUUUUGUGUGCGGGCUAUUUUGUCGAGGCUAUUUUGUAUUCGGGCUAUUUUGUUGGGGCUUUUUGACGGGGCUGUUUUGACCGGGCUAUUUUGACGGGUCACGAAAUUACCAUUAGAUUGUUUGAUCUUUCUACCAAUUUUGCAAAACCGUUUAUCUAAUGCACACACCUUCCUAUUUUAUGUGAAUCUUUGUACAGGGUGGUACCUUAAUGAAAAAUACAUUUAGAAUUUUACAUUGGAAUACACUUUUAGCUCUUCGACUAAAGACAAUAAAUUUAUUUGUCAUUAAAAAAAAUCUAGAUCACUCACCUAGAAAAAAAAUACCUUCCUUAUUAAUAUAUGUACAUACAUAUUCACAAAAUAAAACUGUUUGAAAUGAUUGGGCUGAUUUGAUUAUUAAUUUAUUGUUCCACCCUGUAUAGACACUAAAUAUUUAUAUACAUAUUAUUAGUUAGACGGCUAUUUGAUAAAAAUAACCUAUAUUUUGAUAUAUAGAAUUAAUUUUUUUUAACUUAAAUUAAAAAGCAGCUAUUUUUAUGAAUCCGAUCAAUCUUUUUUCUUCUUGCGAAUGGUACAGAUAGUUGAUACUGUGUUCAUUAGUAGAAGAGUAACGGUUAAUUCACUCUCAAAGAUUUCGCCGAAAAAACAUUUUUUUCGUACUGUUCUAUACAACUCAUGCGGAUCACUUAUUUCCAUCCAUCCAAUGGCACUACAGCCCAAAUCGAGCCUUGGCCUCCUUCAAUAAGCUUCUACAAACAUUUCGAUUUACCGCUGUUCUUUUCCAUGAACGCGUUCCCAGGAAGUUCCUGGCAUCCUCAUCGACUUCGUCUUCCCAUCUCUUUUUAGGUCUUCCAACAGGUCUUCUUCCCUGCAUUCUUGCAUUCAGCAAUUUUCUGGGGAUUCUAUUCUCAUGCAUGCGGACCACGUGCCCUGCCCACCGUAAUCUCUGCAGUUUAGUGUGUUGUGCUAGAGUUGGUUCGCUAUAUUGCUCGUAUAUUUCUCUAUUGUACCUAAUUCGCCAGUUGUUAUUUUCACUUAUUGGGCCCAGUAUCCUACGUAAUACUUUUCUUUCAAACACAUAUAAUGCAUUGGCAGAUUUCUGUGUCACCACCCAUGUUUCGCAGCCAUAACUUACUAUGGGCCUGAUUAUUGUUUUAUAUACCCGGAGUUUUGUUUUCCGGUGUACGUCUCGCGAUUUGAAUAUGUGGCCCAUCGCGAAAUAGGCUUUAUUUGCCAGCACAAGCCUUCUAUUUACCCUUAUCACUUAUUUAUUCCUCCCAUUUUAGGUGAUUGACCAGUGCGACUCAUGUGUAAGUUUCACGUGCAUGUGCUUGUGACAUGCUUUGGCCACUGGCCGCUUCUCCCCACGUUGGGCGCCAAAAAUGUCAUUGCUUUAGUCAUAUUUGUAAAAAUUGUUUAAAUAUUUUUUAUAACACUUUUAUCAUCAUCAUCAUUCCUUGCUUUACUUUCAAGUUGGUAAUCUUUAAAGUUUUCAGAUCUUGUUCCACUUGUUCUAUAAAUCUUCUGUGUUGUUCUUCCUUUGGACCUUCUCCCUAUUGGCGUCUGCCUUAUCAUUUUCUUUGGUAUUCCAUUCACCUACAUUCGUUCGACAUGUCUUAUCCAGCGCAGACAUCCAAUCUUUAUAAUAACUUCUUUAUCCAGGUAUCUUUUAUCAUAGUGCUUUCUUUGCCUUUAUAGUUCGCUACGAAAAGUGAAUUAUUUCCAAUUAUUUCGAUUCUCGUUCUAUUUAGCAGAUAGUGUUUCCUUCCAGGUCUCACGAAUAUGUAGAAAACGUCAAGUAAAAAUAGCUGUUUUCACCAGUUUGGUUUUUUGGUAUUUCUAUGAACAAUCUGUGCAAAUUUUAGUAAACAAAGAAGGCUGUGUAUUUUUGACAUGAUCAAAAUACCAACAUAUGUUUGAUAUCUGUAGUAGUUAAGCAUAAAUUAUUUAUUUUUUUUAUAAUUAUAGGCUAGUGAGAGACGUUACAAAGACCAGGGCGUAAAAACAUCGAUUUAGGUAAUUAUAUUUUUUAAGCAAUAAAGUGACGUCGUUAGAAAACAUAAUACAGUAAAAAGCAAUAUUUUAUAGUAGUACCAGCUAUUUAGUUGAUAUUCAGCUAAUAUAGGCAGGUGCUAGUGUUCGAGGUGUGGAAUUACAUAAACAAGGAAUCUACAUAUUUUACGAAAUGAUCUCUUAUUUAUGUAAUUUCACACUUAGAACAAUAACACCCCGCUGAGCUGAAAAUUAAUGAGUCUAUUAGAUAGCUGGUGCUACUAUACUUGACUAUAUUUCGGUGCUGAGUAGAUAAUUUAGAUCUAGGCGUAGUUUGAAUUGUUUUAUACUGAAGAUUGUACAUACACAGUGCUAAAAAUAAAUUGUAUCAAAAUA